CACGAAAACGCGAAUCCCAAGGAUCCAUGCAAAGUCGGCUGUCAGACUAAUCUGAUUGAACAGAGGAUGCGCUUUCUUUAUUGGCGACGCCAUGGGCGGAGUCAUCUUGCAUCCAAAUUGCGCCAUCGAGCAACUCUUUUUUGGUUUUCCCUCUGUCUCUCCCCUUCUUGGAGGGCCAUCGGGCCACUCUCCCCUAAUUAUCUCCGGAUGCUCUUUUUUUCGGGUCAAAACUUUAUUUUUUUUUCUUCCUUGAUUUUCCCGUCCGUUUCCCAAGUGCUUAUGAAAAAAAAAAAGACCCUGACGACGUCUUCUCCUUCUUUAUGCAAUGUUUUGAGUAAUGUUGUUCCUCAUGGGGAUUCAUGUCCGGCAUCUCACCAAGUUACCGGCGUUGUCAGUCGUGCAAAAAACGAUUACCGCUUAUCAAUCACCAUCAAUGGCUUAUCUCUCUUGCGGUUUUGUUUUUUUAUUGUUCCUUGUUUCCCGCUGAAUCCCGUCCAGCGGUUUUCUUUGUUGAUUGAUUGCGCAUAAUGCAUAACAACUUGACAAGCUGGUAAAUCCCAAAAAAACCUCUCUGGAUUUCCCUAUUUGGAUUUACCCGACCAGUCUUUGGAAAAAUUCCCAUGAACAUUUUUUCAUUCAUAUCUACCAUCAAAUGAAAAAGGCGUGCACUUUCUGUCCAACCUUAGCACGCAAUUCAAUUUUUUGGGGUGCACG